UAUCAUAAUUUACUGCUCUAAACUUGAAGAAAAAUUUAUGUUUAUAGAUAAUAAUCUAUGUGUAUUUACAGAUCUACAUUAAGACCACAAAUGCUGGUAAAGUGCCCAUGUACUGAUGUUCCCAGAAAAGGAAUUGAUCUAUAAAUUAAACAGCUAUCUGUCUGGGGUUAUUUUUGGUUCCUGUUUACACCCCUCACUUCUGGUGGCUGAAGGUUAUGUAGCUUGUCGUGGAAAUUUCAGAUUAACCGCAGACGUGACAUCCAAUGAGGUUAAAUAUUUAGCCCAACCUGUGGAUUUUGAUGAAGCAGUCUCGCUUGUCUCUGCUGAUUUCGGUCACACUGUGGCUCUUCAGUGCACACUUACAGAAAAGUCCAAUAAUGAUCUUAUACUUUGGUACAAGCAGAAACUCGGAGGGAUUCCUCAGGCGAUUGGAAUAACCGGACUGUUGAUCACUGAAAUAAUUUUACCACCUUUCAAUAAAUCUACCUUUCAAUUACACAUAACAGAAGGAAACUUUUUUCUAAGUAUUCUCCAUGUUACAAAAGACGAUGAAGCGAUGUACUUCUGUGGAAAAUCUCGAGUGAAUAUUAUUGAGUUUUCCAGUGGAACAUUUUUAUCUGUAAAAGACAGACAUCCUUUGGACAUCUCAGUGUUCCAGAGCGGCGGGUUGGACUCAGUUCCUGCAGGAGCGUCAGUGACUCUGCAGUGCUCGGUUCUCUCUAAGAGCAAAGCAGCAGAACUCCAAGUGCUCUGGUUCAGAGCUGCUCCACCACAAUCCCAUCCUCAAAUCAUUUACACUCAUCACAACAGCAGCCAUCAGUGUGAGAGCGGCUCUUCUACACCCACCUGUGUGUACAACUUCUCCAAGAACAUCCUCAGCCUCAGUGAUACUGGGACUUACUACUGCGCUGUGGUCGUGUGUGGGAAGAUAAUUUUUGGGAACGGAACACGAGUACAACUGGCAAGCUCUAAAAAUCCUUUACUGAUGAUUCUGGCAACAGCGUUGGGAGUGUGUGCGAUUCUGCUCACUGCUCAAACCAUUAUAAUUUGUAGAAGGACAAAUUCAAAAUAUCAUAGUGAAAGACAAAAUAUUGUUAGACAAAAGGCACCCGAACAGGGCCAUGAUGUGGAGAUGACAUCAUUGAAUUACGCCCCUCUACAUUUAAAUAAGGGAAAAUCCAAAAGCGGACGGAGGAGCGGCAAACCACCUCAAGACAUUGUGUACUCUGAAGUCAGCUAUAUCGGUGCUGAAUAACUCGGUCCUCUAAUUCUUGCUAUUCUUUAGCUGUGAAAUGACAAAACCUAGCAUAUGUAGACGGUUUAUGAGAAAUAUAUCUCCACCACUCCUGGUAUUUACUCUCCACCUGUCUGGGCAAAAGAUAUUGUCUUGUGGUAAUUUGGUGUGAAGAAACUGGGUAUGAUCUGACUUAUAGUGGGUAAAUCAUACAGUAUAGCAAGAGUAAACAUUACAUUUCAAACUUAUAUUUCCCAAACCUGCGAAAACUAUUUACACAUUUACUUCCCAAAAUUUUAAUUCUGAUAAAAAUAAAUAAAUAAAUCACAUGCAGUAAAAUGCUUAUCACUGUCGAUUACCUAAAAUGUUAAAAUUACUAAGAAAAAUAGAAUUACACUACAAAAUGGAUAAUUUACACUAGAAAAUACAAUUAAACUAAAGUUAGAAGUUGCAAGUAAAAAACUGUCAAUUACAUUAUAAAAUAAAAUGAAAUUAAACUAGAAAUUUAAAUUGUACAGGAGCAUGAUUUAAAAAAUAAAAUUGUAAACUGUGAAAGUAUAAAUAUAUAAAAAUAUAAAAUUAAGACCGAUAUUACAGAAAUCAUGGAAACGUGAUAUUUCAUAUGCAUUUAAAAGCAGAGUGGUUUAAUUUCUUUCCAUUCCAUAUGUUUAGUCUUUAACAGAAAUGCCGUCUUUUAAUUAUUUUCACUAUUAAAAAAUAUUGUGAGCACUUCAGUUUUGGUGAACUACCAUCUGAUUCCCUCUACCCCCUUUAUUUGUUUUUGCUGUUCAGUGAAAUUUAAUUUCAUUGUUUAUUUAUUUUUGUGUUUAAGAGUCAGUUAUCUCCAAAUACUUUUUUAAAAAGUUAAAUAAAGAUGAUUAUACCACUUCA